CGCGCCACUGCACUCCAGCCUGGGCGACAGAGCGAGACUCCGUCUCAAAAAAAAAAGCUUUGGCUUUUCGUCAGAUGUGAAGUUAUGGGAGAUUAUGUGUAAAAUGUCAUAAGAUAGAGUGACAGGCUUGCCCAGAAAAUUGUCUGGGGAAUAAACUUGCAUGGCAAAAUGUUAGUUUUGGCCAGGCGCAGUGGCUCACGCCAGUAAUCCCAGCACUUCGGGAGGCCAAGGCGGGAAGAGUUCGAACUCCUUGAGCUCCGGAGUUCGAGACCAGCCUGAGCCACACAGUGAGACCACCUCCCCCGACCGCCAUCUCUGCAAAAAAUAAAAGAACAAAAUUAGCCGGGCGUGGUGGCGCGCGCCUGUGGUCACUUGGGAGGCUGAGACAGGAAAAUCGCUGGAGCCCGGGAGGUGGAGGUUGCAGUGAGCCGAGAUCGUGCCACCGCACUCCAGCCUGGCGGACAGAGCGAGACCCUGCCUCAAAACAGGAAAUAAAACAAAAUGUUAGUUUUUAGAAUCGGAAACCCCUAGCAGAGGCCCAAAGUUGUUUUGCGAAAAGGAGACUGGUGAGGAUACCCGGAGGAGUCCGCCCAAAUAGGUGGAGAGAAGAUCCCGCUGCGGGCGCCCCCUGGUGGAUAAAAGGGCCGCUCGGAGGGCCGCUCUGCUCUUGAGACGGACACAAACGGGGCACAAAACACUAUACUGAGACCGUUCUGAGGGACAGGCUUCCGCCAAAAUCGCCAAGGGCGGACCAGGAUUUUCAAAACGGUCGCGCCGGGGACGGGACCAACCCGAACUGUACGCCAGCUGGGUAGCCCGGCGCCCGCACGCCGGCCGGAAGGAACUGCCCAGAACCGGGGACGGCGCCGGCGUGAUGAUGCAAGAGGGGUCGCGCCAAGGGUGACGCGUGGCGUAGAAGACGCCGACGGCCUGCGCCUGUCACCUCCCACCCCGGGGUUUGUAGCGGAGGAGGAGCGGGCGCCAUGGCGGUUCUACUGGAGACCACUUUAGGCGACGUCGUCAUCGACUUGUACACCGAGGAGCGGCCGCGUGCCUGCUUGAAUUUCUUGAAAUUGUGCAAAAUAAAAUAUUACAAUUAUUGCCUUAUUCACAAUGUACAGAGGGAUUUUAUCAUACAAACUGGCGAUCCUACAGGGACUGGCCGUGGAGGAGAGUCUAUUUUUGGCCAACUGUAUGGUGAUCAAGCAAGCUUUUUUGAGGCAGAAAAAGUCCCAAGAAUUAAGCACAAGAAGAAAGGCACAGUGUCCAUGGUGAAUAAUGGCAGUGAUCAACAUGGAUCUCAGUUUCUUAUCACUACAGGAGAAAAUCUAGAUUACCUUGAUGGUGUCCAUACAGUGUUUGGUGAGGUGACAGAAGGCAUGGACAUAAUUAAGAAAAUUAAUGAGACCUUUGUUGACAAGGACUUUGUACCAUAUCAGGAUAUCAGGAUAAAUCAUACAGUGAUUUUAGAUGAUCCAUUUGAUGACCCUCCUGAUUUAUUAAUCCCUGAUCGAUCACCAGAACCUACAAGGGAACAAUUAGAUAGUGGUCGAAUAGGAGCAGAUGAAGAAAUUGAUGAUUUCAAAGGAAGAUCAGCUGAGGAAGUAGAAGAAAUAAAGGCAGAAAAAGAGGCUAAAACUCAGGCUAUACUUUUGGAGAUGGUGGGAGACCUACCUGAUGCAGAUAUUAAACCCCCAGAAAAUGUACUGUUUGUGUGUAAAUUGAACCCAGUGACCACAGAUGAGGAUCUGGAAAUAAUAUUCUCUAGAUUUGGGCCAAUAAGAAGUUGUGAAGUUAUCCGAGACUGGAAGACAGGAGAGUCCCUCUGUUAUGCUUUUAUUGAAUUUGAAAAGGAAGAAGAUUGUGAGAAAGCAUUCUUCAAAAUGGACAAUGUGCUUAUAGAUGACAGAAGAAUACACGUGGAUUUUAGCCAGUCUGUUGCAAAGGUUAAAUGGAAAGGAAAAGGUGGGAAAUACACCAAGAGUGAUUUCAAGGAGUAUGAAAAAGAACAGGAUAAACCAUCUAAUUUGGUUCUGAAAGAUAAAGUAAAGCCCAAACAGGAUACAAAAUACGAUCUUAUAUUAGAUGAGCAGGCUGAAGACUCAAAAUCAAGUCACUCACACACAAGUAAAAAACACAAGAAGAAAACCCGUCACUGCUCUGAAGAGAAAGAAGAUGAGGACUACAUGCCAAUCAAAAAUACUAAUCAGGAUAUCUAUAGAGAAAUGGGGUUUGGUCACUAUGAAGAAGAAGAAAGCUGUUGGGAGAAACAAAAGAGUGAAAAGAGAGACCGAACUCAGAACCGAAGUCGUAGCCGAUCUCGAGAGAGGGAUGGCCAUUAUAGUAAUAGUCACAAAUCAAAAUACCAAACAGAUCUUUAUGAAAGAGAAAGGAGUAAAAAGAGAGACCAAAGCAGAAGUCCAAAGAAAUCCAAAGAUAAAGAAAAGUCUAAGUACAGAUGAAAGAUGAAGAGGCAGAAUUGAGAGGCUAACGUAUUUACUCUUGUCUAACUUAAAAGUGCCAGGAAAGCAGAUGCUUAGAUUUUGUUUCAAAGCUUAUUAUUUUUUUCAUACUAGGAUUAUGGUCUUUAGAUUAAUACUGAUUAUAUAGAGCACGGAAAGAUAAAGAUUGAACAUUUUCUUUGUAUACUUUUUUACACUAAUUUUAUUGUUAUACAUAAAUGGUAGUCUUCAUUUUUGAAGUCUUACAUUUUCACUCUUUUUUUAAUGAAGUAUUUCAUACUACAAAAAUACAUAAACGUAUAUAUAAAGGGAUAAUAAAUGUAAAUAUCUGUGUACUCAUCAGCCAGCUUAAGAUACAGAAUGUUGUCGACAUUUUAGAAGUUCCCUAAGGCCCUCCCUCUCAAAUAAUUAUUUGGAAUUUUGUGUUUGUCAUUUGCCUAUUAUAGUUUUACAACAUACGUAUGUAUCUGUAAGUGAAAUGUUAAUUUUGUAUGUUUCUGAAUUUUAUAUAAAUGGCAAAAUGUUUACUUCUGUGACUUUCAUUUUUAUUGCUAUAUAGUAUUAUAUAAAUAUACCACAACUUAUUCAUUCUUCUCUUGAUGGACAUUUGAGUUUUGUUUAUUUAUUUUUGUUUUUGCUGUUGUUGAAACAAUGCUGCUGUGAACAUUGUAUCUAGGAAUUAUAUUGCUUGAUAUAUUGAUAAAAUAAUGCCAAAUUUGUGUUCUGAAGUGGCUGUACUAGUUUAUACCUCUCUUGGCACUGUGAGUUACCUUUGUUUCAUAGCAUCUCCAACACUUGUUAAGUUCAGACUUAAAAAUUUGCCAACCUAGUGGAUGUUAAGUGGUAUCUACCUGUGAUUUCCAGCAAGAUUACUGUUAUCUCUGUUCUUCCAUGUGUAAGAUGUCAUUUUUUUCCUGGCUGCUUUUAAGGUUUUCUAUCACUGGUUGUAAGAAGUUUGAUUAUGAUGUGCUUGCUGUAGUUUUUUUUUUCACGUUUCUGCUGCUGCAGCUAUUUUACCUGUGGGUUUGUGGUUUUCGUAGAAUUUGGAAAUUGGGGGGCAUUUUUUCUUCUAUUAUAUUUUUUGUCUCUCUGCUCCUCUCAUGCUUCUCCUGGGGCUCUGAUGACUUGGAUGUACGUUAGGCCCCUCAAAAUUGUCUCCCAGUGUGCUGAUUCUGUUCAGCUUUUUUAAAAGCCUUUUUCUCUCUGUGUUUCAUGUUGGGUAGUUUCCAGUGCUGUGUCCUCACUGUUUAUUAAUCUUUCCGUCUAAGGUAUCUAAUUUCCUUUUAAUCGUAUCCAGGUAUUUUUCACCUCCGACAUAUUUUUAGUCUUUAGAAGUUCUAUCUGGGUCUUUAUCUCCCAUGUGUCUCCUUCACAUGCUCAUGCCUUCCUCUAUUUUUUUUUUUUUUUUUUUUUUUUAACAUCUGGAGUGUAUUGAUAAUAGCUGUUUCAAUGUACUUGCCCAUUCUGUCAUCUGCAUCAUUUCUGGUCUGUUUCUAUUGAUUGAUUCCCACCCUACCCCAACUCCCACCCUGCCCAUAUUGGAUUGUAACUUCCUUCAUUACAUGCCUGGUAAUUUCUGUUUUUAACAUUGGGUGCUGGAGUUCUUUUAAGUAUCUUGAACUCUGUUUGGGGAAAUAAAGUUACUUGGAAACAAUCCGAUCAUUUUAUAGCUUGCUUUUAAGCUUAAUAAGACAGGACUGGGACAGCCUUUAGUUUAGGGCUAAUUUGACCCACUAUGAAGGUAAUACCGUUCUGAAUAAUCUUCCUGGUUACAUGGUUUCUGCAUUCUGUCUGUUGGGAACAUGAACUAUUCUGAGCCCUAUUGAGCUUCCAGUUGUAUCUCCUGUUCCUUACCUCACAUGCAUACACUGCUUGAUGUUUAGCUGAAGACUUAAGGGAAACCCAAUAUUCUGCCCUGCAAAUCUUACCUUGGCUCCCCUAAAUUCUCUACCCAGGGAGGUUCCCUUCCCUAGCCUUAGUGCCACAACCUAGAAACCCCAUGUAGAAGCUUGCGCAAUUAUAGGGCUUUCUUUGUUUUCCAUCUCUCAGGAGUCACUGUCCUGCACUGGCUUUUGUCUAACAUCUGAAAAACUUCCUUGUAUACAUUUUAUAUAGGUUUUAGUUUAAGGUGGAGAAGGUAAAUCGUGCCUCUGCUACUCCAUUUUGACUAGAGUGGAAGUUAACUUUGUAUUUCCUAAAUGUUAAUGAGGCUGAGCAUCUUUUCCCAUGUUUAUUAUUCAUUCCUGAUUGCUGUCUGUGAAAAGCUUGUUUCAUGUCUUUGCCCAUUUAUAUAGUAGAUUGUUGUCUUUUCAUACUUAAUAGAUUGUGGAUACUAAGAAUAAGUUAAGGAGUGCUGUCUCUCUUUCCUUCCCUCUGUCUGUUCUCUUGGAAGAAAAGAAAAAGAUUUAAAUUAAUCUGUUCCUUAAAAGCUGGAUAGAGCUUGCCUAUAAAAUUGUCUGAACUUUGCAUUUUUUUGUGAGAAAAUUUCUUAACGAUUAGGUUUCAAAAAUUAUAGAAUUAUUAGCCUUUCUAUUUCUUUAAUGUUAGUCAUUUUAAUUACAUUUUUCUGGGAAUUUGUUUUCAUUGAAGUUUUUAUUUUUUGAUAGCAUUGUGCAUAGUUUAGCUAGUAGAUUUUUACUGUCCUUUUGCUUUGUUGAUGAAUGUCCUUAUGUUUUAGUGUGUCUCAUAAACAGCACAUAGCUAGAUGAUGAUGAUGAUGAUUAUUAUUAUUUUGAGACGGAGUCUCACUCUGUCGCCCAGGCUGGAGUGCAGUGGCGCGAUCUCAGCUUACUGCAACCUCCACCUCCCGGGUUCAAGCGAUUCUACUGCCUUAGCCUCCUGAGUAGAUGGGACUACAGGUGCUUGUCACCAGGCCCGGCUAAUUUUUUUUUUUUUUUUAGUAACAGGGUUUUCACCAUAUUGGCCAGGCUGGUCUGGAACUCCUGACCUUCUGAUCUGCCCAACUCAGCCUCCCAAAGUGCUGGGAUUACAGGCAUGAGCCACUGCACCCGGCCAAUUAUUUUUAAAUCUAAUCUGAACUUUAACUGGUUAGUGCAUUUUUAUGUGUACUGAUGUAUUUGCAUUUAUUCCUUACCACCUUAUUUUGUGCUUUUUAUGUUUUUUUCUUCCACUCUUUUUUUUUUUCUUUUGGAAUCAAAAAUGUUUUUUAAUUCCACCCUCACCCCUCUGCCCCCUCUGUUUUGGGGGAAUUACCUUGGAAUAUUACAUCCGUACUUAAAAAGUAUAAUGUUAUAUUUUUAUCUUCCUCUCUAAUUGAGAGUCUUGGAACUCUCUAAGUCACCCCUCUUGCAACUUUCAUGUUACAAUCAUUCAGUAUUUUAGUUAUAGCUUGUGAUUUUUAACCUUAAAAUUAGACCUUGAGCUGGACUCAGUGGUGCACACCUGUAGUUCUGGCUGCUGAAUGGCUGAGGCCGGAGGAUCCCUUGAGGCCAGGAGUUAGAGGCUGCAGUGCACUGCGAUUGUGCCUGUAACUAGCCUCUGUACUCCAGCCUGGGCAACAUAGUGAGACACCAUCUGUUAGAAAAAAAAUUAGACCUUGUGAUUAUUACUGUUUUUGUACAGAUAAUUGUUGGUUUAGAUUUACUUUAUAUGUUAGAAGUGUUUGUUUAUUCAUUAUUAUUCUCACAUGUUAGACCUUUCACCUAGGAUAAUUUUCCUUCUUUCUGAAGCACAUCCUUUGAUGUUUCUCCAGUGACAUCUGUUGAUGGCAAACUCUUAGUUUACAUUUAUCAAAAAUAUUUUCAAUUCAUUCUAUAAAGUUGAUUUUAUAUGUACAUAAUUCUAAGUUGAGGUGUGUUUUUUUUUCCCCAGUACUCUGAAGAAUUAGUCUACUGUCUUUUUACUUUUGUUACUACUGGGGAGAAAUCUUUUGUCAUUCCAAAUGUCAUUCUUUUGGAUAUAAUGUGACUUUUCUUUCUGAUUGCUUUUUUGCUGUGGUUAAUUAAACUUUCAAUUUUGAAAUCAGUUGUAGAUUGGCAUGCAAUCAUAAGAAAUAAUACAGAGAGAACCUGUGUACCCUUUGCCUAGUUUCUCCCAGUGAUACCAUCUUGUAAGAUUCUAGUAUAGUAUCGCAACCUAGAUGCUGACAUGGACACAGUGGAGAUACAGAAAAUUUCCAUCACUACAAGGACCCCUCUUGCUGUCCUUUUAAUAGCCACAUCUACUUCCCUGCCACUUCUGUUUUCUCCUUCACCUCUGUCAACCACUGAUAUGUUCUCCAUUCCUAUAAUUAUGUCAUUUCAAGGAUUUUAUAUAAGUGGAAUUCUGUAUUAUGUAACCUUUUGGGGAGCCACUCAUAAUCUGGAAAUACAUAAUCCCAAAUGCCACGAUCAUGAAGGUUGAAACCCUGAUAAUCAUAAUCCCAAAUAUGUAAUUCUGGAAAGAAGAAUUUUAAAAACCUUUAAAAGAUAUUUAUUUACAUUUUGUUUGUUUGUUUGUUUUGAGAUGGAGUCUUACUCUGUUGCCCAGGCUGUAGUGCAGUGGCAUGGUCUCGGCUCACUGCAACCUCUACCUCCCAGGUUCGAGUGAUUCUCCUGCCUCAGCCUCCCAAGUAGCUGGGACUACAGGUGUGUGCCACCACACCCGGCUAAUUUUUGUAUUUUUAGUAGAGAUGGGGUUUCACCAUGUUGGCCAGGCUGGUCUCAAACCCCUGACUUCAGGUUAUUAACUUUUUUUUUUUUUUUUUUUUUGAGAUGGAGUCUUGCUCUGUCACCCAGGCUGGAGUGCAGUGGCACGAUCUUGGCUCACUGCAAGCUCUGCCUCCCAGGUUCACGCCAUUCUCCUGCCUCAGCCUCCCGAGUAGCUGGGACUACAGGCACCCCCCACCAUGCCCAGCUAAUUUUUUUUGUAUUUUUAGUAGAGACGGGGUUUCACUGUGUUAGCCAGGAUGAUCUCGAUCUCCUGACCUCGUGAUCUGCCUGCCUGGGGCUCCCAAAGUGCUGGGAUUACAGGCGUGAGCCACCGCACCCGGCUGAUUAUUUACAUUUUUAACAGAGGAUUUGAGAAAUACAAACACGGGCCACUUUACACAAUAAAAUAGGCAACAAUAACAUACAUAUUUUUGCAAGCAUAAGCAGUUCUCAGCUCUACUAAUGACAGUCACAUGGGUAUGACAGUUAUGAACAGAUGAGUGGUAUUUAUAAAGAAAUAGGUCAAAAAGGGAAAUGUAUCAGCCCAUAGCCGUAUGGUUGGUAAUUGUGUAUGCUCGGCUUUAUAACUGCAGUCAUUUGAAAUACUUUAAGAAAAACCAGUGUCUUCCACUGGCUUCACUCAGAUGCUAAUCUCUGGAAACACUUGCACAGACACACUCAAAACACUAAUAAGUUUCUAGGUGUUCCUUAAUCCAAUCAACUUGACACCUAAAAUUAAGUCCCAAAGAACACCUCUUAUCAACUCAGCACCCAUACAUACCUCCUUAAACCGUACUUAAUUUCCAAAUAAAGACAAUGAGAAAGUUGUAGUUCUACCUAUCAUGAUGCCAGUAUCCUCUGAUUGUGAUUUUUGGGAUUUUAGACAUUAUGAAUUUUAGAUUAGGCAUUUUGAUCUUUUGAGAUUUCACCAUUCAGGAUUAAGGUGUUCGAGAUUGUGUCUUACAGGAUUAUAAACCAAACCCCUUUUUGGGAUUGGGUUUGUUUCACCCCAGUCAGCCUUAUUCUUCAGAGAUUCUUCCAGGUUGUUGCUGUAUCAAUAGUUCACUUUUAUUUUAUUUUGUUUUAUUUAUUUAUUUAUUUGGGAUGGAGUCUCGUUGCCCAGGCUGGAGUGCAGUGGCGCCAUCUCAGCUCACUGCAACUUCUGCCUCCUGGGUUCAAGCAAUUCUGCCUCAGCCUCCCUAGUAGCUGGGAUUACAGGUGCGCACCACUAUGCCCAGCUAAUUUUUGUAUUUUUAGUAGAGACGGGGUUUCGCCAUGUCGGCCAGGCUGGUCUCGAACUGACCUCAGGUGAUCCACCCGCCUCAGCCUCCCAAAGUGCUAGGAUUACAGGUGUGAGCCGCUGUGCCUGGCCAAUAGUUCACUUUUAUUGUUGAGUAGUAUUUCAUGGUAUGAAUAUACUGUAGUUUGCUUAACCAUUCACCCAUUGAAGGACAUCUGGGUUGCUUACAGUUUGGGACCAUAAUGAGUAAAGCUGCUGUUAGUUUCUUUGUGAACACAGUCUUCAUUUCUUCUGGAUAACUGCCCAGUAGUGCAGUUGUUAGGUCAUAUGAUAAUUGCAUAUUUAAAGAAACUGCUGAACUGUUUUCCAGGGUGAGUCAGACUGCUUUACAUUCCCACCAAGAACAUAUGGGCGAUCCACUUCAUUCGCAGUCUCAACAACAUUUAGUUGUGUCUCUGUGUUUUAUUUUAGGCAUUCUGGUAGGUAUAUAGUGAUAUAUAACUUAUUCUGGUUUUAAUUUUUAUUUCUUUAAUUGGUAAUGUUGUUGAGUAUCUUUUCAUGUGCUCAUUUUGCCAUCUGCAUAUCCUGAUAGGUGAAAUGUUACUUUAUAUCUAAUUGGAUUUUUAGUGUUUUUUUAUUUUUGAGUUUUGAGAGUUCUUUAUGUAUUCUACAUACUAGUUCUUUGUCAGAUAUGUUGCUUGCAGCUGUUUCCUCCCAGUGUAUAGCUUGUCUUUCUUUUUUUUUUCUUUUUUAAGACAGUCUCGCUCUGUCACUCAGGCUGGAGUACAGUGGUGAGAUCACAGUUCACUGCAGCCUCAACCUCCAGGGCUCAAGCAAUCCUCCCACCUCAGCCUCUUAAUAGCUGGGACUACAGGUGCCUGCCACCACACCCAGCUAAUUUUUUUUUUUUUUUUUAUUAGCGAAAACGAGGUCCCUAUGUUGCCCAGGCUGGUCUCAAACUCCUGGUCUCUAGAGUUCUCCCGCUUUGGCCUCCCAAAAUGCUGGGAUUAUAGGUAUGAGCCACUAUGCCUAGCCUCCAAUGUAUGGCCUGUCUUUUAAUCUUCUUAAUAGAGUUUUGUAGAGUACAAGAUUUUAAUUUUUCUGCAGUUUAUCAGUUUUUCCUUUUAUGGAUUGUGCUUUUGGUGUCAAAAGUAAGAACUCUGCCAAGCACUAGCUUCUGAAAUUUUUCUCAUACUUUUAAUUUUUUAAAAAAAAUUCUCUAGUUUUACAUUUAAGCCUGUGAUCCAUUUUGAGAUUUUUUUUUUUUUUUUUUUUUUUGGCUUAUGAACAUCCACUUGUACUGGGACUAUUUGUUGAAAAAGGUCUCUGGCUACUUUUAAGGUUUUCCUUUGUCUUCGGUAUUCUAGAAUAUUCCACUAUAAUGUGUCUAGAUAGGGAUUUCCUUUAUCUUGUUAUAUCCUGUGUCUGAUGGCUUCAUGUUUUUUAUUAUUCUGGAAACUUCUCUGCCAUUUUCUCUUCAAAUAGUCUCUCUCCACAUUCUAUCUAUUAUUUCCUUUUGUAAUCUUAGUCAGUUUUAUGUAAGGCUUUCUCAUCUUGUUCUUUGUAUCUUAACUCGUAUUUUCCAGAUAGUGCAUUCUGAAUAAUUGUUUCAGGUCUGUAUUCCAGGUCACCCAUUCUUUUUCACAUAAGCCCAGUCUCCUAUUUAACCCAUCCACUGAAUUUUUAAUUUCAGUAAUUUUUUUUUUGGAGUUCUGUUUGAUUCUUUCUUGAAUUUGCCUGGUUAUUUUUAAUUUUCUGUUUUUCUUUGCUCAUUUAUUUCCACUCUGUUUUAUUUACAUAAUUAUAUUGUAUUUGUGAUAAUUCCAGUAUCUUAAUUUCUUAAGAAUUAAAAAAUUUUCCUGCUGA